GAAGCCAACAGUGCCACCAAGUCAGAGUCAGUGUAAGAAUACAAGAAGGUAGCAGAUGGCGAGCCAUGAAUAAAGAUCAGAUAUCUGAGGAAUAAGUGCAAAAAAAGAAAGCAAGAAAGGUGUACAGGAGGCCUAGGGACAGCUGUGAAUGAGAGCGUCAGGUUUAGGAGAGCACUGAGUGCAGGGAGGCUGCCAGUGAGAAGGCAAGUCUGUGCAUGUGGGAGCAAGCCUGCUUUGUGCUUUGCCAGAACAAUAUUUGUUUUAAGGGGGCUUGCUAUCACUGACAUAUGCCCAGCAAGCCCAAGGGAGCUGUACUAAAAGCAGAGUGACAAACACCUCCAGGUUGCUUUGGCAGAGCAGGGCCAUCCACGCAGUGCCCAGGCUGCCCUGCUGCUCUCCGCUCAUGCGCUCACUGCUCACAGGUCGCGUCCAUGGAGUUGUGGUGACCGUUCCUGAGAAGACGGUGAACGUCAAGAGCGGCGGGAAUGCAACCCUUCUCUGCACCUACACGAGUUCUCAGCCGCUGGGAAACUUCUUCAUCCAGUGGAGCUUUUACAGCGCCAAAGAGAGCCAACUGCACACCCCUUCCCCGUGUCAUGGUAUUCUGAGUAUGGAUGAAAAAUCAAUCAGUCAAUGUCAAAAGAUGGUGUAUGUGACAGAUGCGCGGGGAAGAUGUAGCUGGAGAUACAAGAUCUACUAUUAUUCAGAAGGACAGUCUUAUUCCUAUGGAGAGUUUAAGGACAGGAUCACAGCUUCGACAAGUCCAGGGAACGCAUCAAUAACGAUCUCCAACAUGCAGCCCUCAGACACUGGUUCCUACACCUGUGAAGUUUUCAGCCCCCAGGAUGAUGCUGGACAGAGUCAAAAAUCAGUGAUUGUCAACGUGCUGGUCAAACCCUCAAAGCCUUUCUGCAAAAUAGAAGGAACGCCUGAAAAAGGCCAUCUAAUCUACCUCUUAUGCAAGUGUGACCAAGGAUUGCCUCACCCCACCUACCGCUGGUACAAAGUAGAUGAGAACACCCUCACGCUGGUGACUGAACACUUCAAUCCAGACACUGGCAUUCUGUACAUUGGCAAUCUCACUACCUUUGAAACAGGACAUUACCGAUGCAUAGCCAGCAACAUCAUGGGGAACAGUACUUGUGAGCUCGACCUAACUUCAAUGCAUUCUGACGGUAAUAUUGUUGCUGGAGCAUUAAUUGGAGCAAUUCUGGCAGCUGUUAUCAUUUGUGCUAUCGUCUGGGUCUUAACCAAAAAGGCAAGGACAAAGAAGUCAUCAAGUAAUGAAAUGCAAAUAAUGGCUCAGAAACAUUCCAAUGCAGAGUAUGCUCAGGUACCUAAUGAAGAAAAUACACCUGCAACCACAGUUCUACCAAGCAAUGUGACAAGUGAGCAACCUAGUGCUGAUGAAGCAGCAGCGUCUGAAACACCAGAAAAUGAUGAGAAGCAUGAAAUGCAGCAAGAAGAAACAGCCUAAAGUUCAUUUUAA